AGGAAAUUGGGGGUGGAAAUUGGCUGGAGCUGUCCGGAGAUGCCGCAGGGGGAGGGUUCUCACGCCGCACAGGGCGGAGUCCUGGGGCUUGGGGCGGGGCGUGGAACCGGGAAGGGUGGGACCUCCGAGCUGGUGCCAGUGGAAGGCGGAGCCCGGCGGCGGGGGGCGGAGCUAGGAGGGUCGGGGGACGGAGCCUGGCUUUUGAAGGAGGAGCUGGAGGAGGUGAAAGGCGGAGCCUCGGGGUCGGAAGCAGAGGGGAAGGGAGUGCAGGCGCUGGGGGCGGGGCUUCAGCCGGUGAGUGGCGUGGCUACAGCUCCGGAAAAGGGGUCUAGUUCUGACGAAGGCGGGGCUGCAGGCCCGGGGGCGGCACCGCGUCCUCCGAAAGGCGGUGCCAAAGAACCAAGUGAGGAGCCCGGCCCGAGUAAUGGCCCCGGGCGUCGACGCGGGGGUGGUCUCCGUGGUGGUCGAGCUUGGGGACGCGGUAGGCCGAGAACUCCUCCGGGAGAGGUGGUGUGGGUGGAGCGGUCUCGGCGGCCAGCGGACACAGGGCCAGUCUGGGUGCCCCGGAGACCCCCAAGGGCUCAGAGCUGGGGCGGCGCCCCUGGCGGAGGCACAGGGCCAAGCUGGGGGGUAUCUUCCGAGGACCCGGGCUCCUCGGAGCCACCCAGCGGGGAUGUGUGGGUGCCUCGGGGCCGACCCCCUGCAACGGCCGCAGAGAUGUGGGUGUGCUGGGCCGAGGGCAGCUGGGUGUGGCGUGAGUGGGACCGCCCAGUCGGGGCAACUGCUGUGCAGCCAGAUAGGGUCUGGACUUUGCGUAAAGGGACGGGUGGGAACUGAAGAGCGGAGGUGGGGACCGGGAGGGAGGGAAGGUAU